AUGGCGCAGACGCUCUACCCCCGCGGCACGCUCAAGAAGAUCGUCAAAGCGCACGCGAACCGCCCGUUGAGCAAGAACGUGGACAUCUUGAUCUACCUCAACUACGUCCUCUUCAUGCAGGAGCUGAUGAAGGAGACGUCGAUCAAAGCGAAGCAGUCCGGCGAACGCGGGAUUAGCGCGAAGAGUAUUAGAAGGGUGAGGGAGGGCUGUUUGAGGAGGUGUAAGGGCUGA